GUAUUAAUAUACACUGAUCAUGCUAAUUGCACUGUAUCAGUACAGUGCAAUUAGCAUGCACAGUAAACACAAAGCAGCAAGAUGCUGCUAUUUCUUUUCUGCGUCACAGACGCAAUAAAUAUGUGGGGUUCAUACACAGUAAACUGUGUAUUUUUUUGUUGCCAAACGGCUGCAGACUGCGUUUUAAUCGCGUAAACAAACGAACCCUACUCAUCUAUUCUACACGAGCUAGCUUUCUGUGAAGCUCCCAGACUACAACACUAAUGGCGGCGGCUACAUCCUUCUCCACCACUCUCACCACUCUCACCACUUCAACCCCAUCAAAAACCCUAAAAUCUGCAUCAUCAAGGUCACUUCUAUGCAACAGCAAUUUAGGGUUUUCAUCAUCAUUGUCUUCCAAGACCUUCAAACCACUCAAAGCCAGUCAUGGUAACGUUACUGGUGGAGUUUUGGGGGCUAAGAUGGUGUCAUCAGUUCCCAGUGUAAAACCCUUGAUUUCUCUUGAUUUUGAGACUUCUGUGUUUAAGAAGGAGAAGGUAUCUCUCGCUGGCCACGAUGAGUACAUUGUUAGAGGAGGGAGGGACUUAUUCCACUUGCUGCCGGAUGCAUUUAAAGGGAUUAAGCAGAUAGGCGUUCUCGGUUGGGGUUCUCAGGGUCCUGCCCAAGCUCAGAAUUUAAUGGAUUCUCUUGCUGAAGCAAAGUCUGAUAUUAAAGUCAAGAUUGGACUGAGGAAGGGCUCUCGUUCUUUUGCUGAAGCUCGCGCUGCUGGUUUUACAGAAGAGAAUGGGACUUUGGGUGAUAUUUGGGAAACUGUUUCUGGCAGUGAUCUAGUAUUGCUAUUGAUUUCUGAUGCUGCACAGGCUGAUAACUAUGAGAAAGUUUUCUCGCACAUGAAGCCAAACAGCAUUCUUGGGCUUUCCCAUGGAUUUCUUCUUGGGCAUUUGCAGUCCAUGGGACUUGAUUUUCCAAAGAACAUUAGUGUCAUUGCUGUGUGUCCCAAGGGAAUGGGUCCUUCUGUAAGGAGGCUCUAUGUUCAAGGAAAAGAGGUCAAUGGUGCUGGAAUUAAUUCCAGUUUUGCAGUCCACCAGGAUGUUGAUGGCAGAGCCACAGAUGUUGCCCUGGGAUGGUCUGUUGCCCUUGGUUCACCUUUCACAUUUGCCACUACACUAGAGCAGGAGUACAAGAGUGAUAUCUUUGGGGAGAGGGGCAUUUUGCUUGGUGCUGUUCAUGGAAUUGUGGAGUCCUUGUUUAGAUGGUAUACUGAAAAUGGAAUGAGUGAAGACGAGGCCUACAAGAAUACUGUUGAGUGCAUAACUGGAAUCGUAUCAAGGACAAUAUCGACCAAGGGCAUGCUGGCUGUUUACAAUUCCUUGACUCCAGAAGGCAAAAAGGAAUUCGAGACUGCAUACAGUGCCUCGUAUUAUCCCUGCAUGGACAUCUUGUAUGAGUGCUAUGAAGACGUAGCCUCUGGAAGUGAGAUUCACAGUGUUGUGCUGGCUGGACGUCGCUUUUAUGAAAAGGAAGGUCUACCAGCUUUUCCAAUGGGUAAAAUUGACCAGACACGUAUGUGGAAGGUCGGUGAGCGAGUCCGAGCUACCCGGCCAUCAGGGGACUUGGGUCCAUUGCAUCCAUUCACUGCAGGUGUCUAUGUGGCGCUAAUGAUGGCUCAGAUUGAAAUAUUGAGGAAGAAAGGCCAUUCAUACUCUGAGAUCAUAAAUGAAAGUCUGAUUGAAUCUGUGGAUUCCUUGAAUCCAUUUAUGCAUGCCCGUGGAGUUUCUUUCAUGGUUGAUAACAGCUCAACCACAGCAAGAUUGGGAUCAAGGAAAUGGGCACCACGUUUUGACUAUAUCAUCACCCAGCAGGCCCUGGUCGCUGUGGACAAUGGUACUCCAAUCAACCGUGACCUCAUCAGCAACUUCUUUUCGGAUCCAGUGCAUGGAGCCGUUGAAGUCUGUGCCCAAUUAAGACCCAAGGUUGACAUUUCCGUGCCACCAGAUGCUGACUUUGUGCGACCCGAGCUUCGCCAAUCUAGCAACUGAGAUUUGGAGUUGAAAUAACCAGGAGGAUUCUUCCAUGUUAGAGGAUUCUUCCAUGUUAGUUCUGUUGGAGAAGCUCUCUUGAAUUAUUAGCAGAGUAUGGUUUUAUUUAAGAACAACUAGUGUGAGCUUUAAGUAUUAUGUCUGCCUGUCCUGUCCGGCAAUGAAACACAAGCAUGUAGUUUUGUCUAUCAGUAUUGCGAGAGGAUGCGCGUGUAUCAGUAACUUUUAUGACUUUCCGUUCUGCAAAGAAGAGAGGAGUGCACUCUUUUUACU